AUGAAGCUACAGCCAUGGUCAAUCCGAGUCAGGACACGACUCCCCCGCUCAUCACUCCAUUAUAAACCCCGAUCAAGUGUCCGAACCCUUUCCGCUCCUUCACACCCUCAAUACCGACCACUCGGCAUCCUCGAAAAUGCCACCCUGGACACCUUCCAACAGCGUUGCUUCCUCCCCGAACAACCAGCAAUUCUCCCACGCUCUACCUUCCAAGACCUCCCCGCCCUGAAGCAAUGGUUCAGAAGCGCGAGUCCGCAGUCAACGCUAGGCACCUCAAGCCUGAACCUGGAAUAUCUCCACAAACACGGCGCCGACGCGUUUCUCACGGAAUCCACGUCGACAGACACUACAUCCGAACCGGACGACAUGGCAACAGAAAUACAUAGCUUCCGGCAGUUUCACGCGCCGCUCACGCUGUUCCUCGACUGGAUGCGCACGGCCGAGUCCACUCCCCAAUCAACACGACUAUACCUAGCCCAAUGCCAGCUCCUUGACCUCCCUCCCGUCCUUCGAGGUGAUUUCCCGACGCCGGAGCUUGUGGUGCGCGCGGGAAAGGGCGAUGUAUACGAUACGAAUGUGUGGAUUGGACACCCGCCCACUUAUACGCCACUCCACCGUGACCCGAACCCGAACAUGUUUGUCCAGCUGGCUGGGAAGAAGGUUGUGCGGCUGCUUGCACCGGCGGAUGGGCAGGCUGUGUUUGGGGCUGUGAGGAGGCGGCUAGGGAAGAGUGGGAGUCGGGAGGCAGCGGCUUUCCGGGGUGAGGAGAUGAUGCAAGGGAGAGAGAGGGCGUUGUUAGAUGAGAUGGUUUGGGGGACUCCGGUUUCUGCUGGUUCGGAUGCUGGGGUUGGCUUUGAAGCGUGUCUUGGGCCUAGUGAUGGGCUGUUCAUUCCCAAGGGAUGGUGGCAUAGUAUUAAGGGAGUUGGUGGAGGUGUUACGGCUUCGGUCAAUUGGUGGUUUCGAUAG